CUUCAACACAACUUACUGCCUGGGUAUCACCAUCGACACCACCACUUCGACUUCAACUUCAACUUCAAGGCUAAGUAGUAGUGACGGCGACCACGACAGCGCUGACUCUCCUUCUCUCCUCCUUGAGCGACACCUUCCUUGAACUCAUCACCACCAUCAACUCCACCACCACCACCAUCAACUCCACCACCGCUCCGACUGCGCUCUUCUGCCCGCCAGCGAGCUCUCUUCUCCUCGACACCACCACCACCACCUCAUUUGUUGUCCGUCGCGUGGCUCAUCACAACCACCAUCACCUCCAUCACCACGCCACUGCGACUCAUCCGCGACCUUGCUCUUCCUUCCUCCUCCUCCUCCACCUCCUCCUCUUCGUCCGAUCACUGCACUGCUGAUUCUCCGCCAUCACGAGCAUUGCAACUCUCUCAUCCACCCACUUCUUCUCGGCUCUCUUCCGCCGCUUCACGACACUCUUGACCGCUUCAGUCACCACCCACUAUCAUCACAACCUCUACCACGCACACAUCCACGCACACACCCACGCACCCACACACCCAAACACACACACCCACACCCACAUCUCCGUUGCUUCCAGUACACUACUGCAUCCGCCCGCUUUCCAUCAGCACGGAUUCCCACGCGCACGUGUACGUAGGCCAGACAGACAGCCACAUCAAUCGCAAGACUAUACCACACCAACAACUUUCUCUUUUCAACCUGUUCCACCACAGCUGCCAUGGCCGAGACACCACACGAACUCCCUGCCCACACUCAGAAGCGCCCGCUCGAGGAGCCAUCUUCGCCAUCUGCGCCCACCGACCAACCUGACGCCAAGCGCCCCGCCCUCGACAAAAUGCUUUCCGAGGAAGUUGCACCUCUGGAUGAGCCUGCCGAUGCCGCAACAGAUGUCGCGCCAGAAGAGCCAGUUGUUGGAGAGGUCAAUGACGCCGGCGUCGAGCCAGAGGCGGACGCUGCUGAGACUGCUGAGGUCAACCCCGAGGUCGAGGUCACAGACAAGCAAGGUGAUACUGUUGUGCCAGAUGCGCCUACCAAUGGUGGUGUUCUUGUUGAUGGGUCUUCUGCUGCUCCUGUCGCCGUGAUCCCAGACCAAGCCCACAACGGUCCAGUCGAUACCCGUGCGACCCCACAAGGCGCUCAGUCAUAUCACCAGCAAGAUGAGUCCCAGUGGCUGCACGUUCGCGCCAUCAUCUCUAGUGCCGAGGCCGCGACUGUGAUUGGCAAGGGAGGCGAGAACGUGAGCCAGAUCCGCAAGCUUGCGGGCGCAAAGUGUACUGUCAGCGAAUACACCCGCGGCGCCGUCGAGCGUGUCCUCACCGUGAGCGGACAGGUGGACGCCGUUGCCAAAGCGUUUGGCCUCAUCAUCCGCACUCUGAACCAAGAACCACUCGAGGAACCCUCCACCCCACAGUCCAAGACCUAUCCCCUGCGUCUGCUCAUUCCCCACAUUCUCAUCGGUUCCAUCAUUGGCAAACAAGGAGUUCGCAUUCGAGAGAUUCAGGAGGCGUCCGGUGCACGUUUGAAUGCAUCCGAGUCCUGCCUUCCUCUCUCUACUGAACGCUCUCUGGUCGUCCUUGGUGUCGCAGAUGCGGUGCACAUCGCUACCUACUAUGUGGGCAGUACCUUGGUCGAGCAGCUGACCGAUCGCUUCGGUGGACCCGCGGCCUCGAACUAUGCCGGACGUCACGGCGGACCUCAGGGAGUCGUGCCAGGAGGCAUGCAAGUUGUGCCCUACGUGCCACAGAACACCGGCGGACAAGUCGGACAGCCGGAUAACAACCGCCGUCACAAUGGUCCUCCUUCUCGUGGCCCACCUGUGCCAUACGGAGCACCGUCCAUGCACGGCCAGUCCCCUUACCCUCAGCAGCCAGUCGCACCCGUCCACUACGGUGCUGGCUCUCCACGUGCCCCAUACGCCGGUGCCGGACCUCAUCAGGCUCAUCCUUACGGUCACGCUGCGCCACAGCCAGGCCCAGGUCACGCCGGUCCUCCACAACAGCCCGUGCAAGGCGUGGGUCCGGGUCAGCCCAUCACGCAGCAGAUCUUCAUCCCCAAUGAUAUGGUAGGUGCUAUCAUCGGCAAGGGCGGCGCCAAGAUCAACGAGAUCAGACAGUUGUCGGGCAGCGUCAUCAAGAUCAAUGAGCCCCAGGACAAUAACAACGAGCGUCUCGUCACCAUCACCGGAACCCAGGAAUGCAACCAGAUGGCUCUGUACAUGCUGUACUCUCGUCUGGGCGAAUCAAGCAAGAACUCCAACUCGAUAAUGCCAAGAUAAAUCCAUCAUACUCGAGUAUACUUGAGCGAUGGAGUAGCUGUAAGAGUAAUGUACAGUUUACUGUUUCUGCUAUUCGGUUUCUGGUUGUGUGUUCACAGUCAUACUCGGUUGCGAUGGCUGCCAGAAUCGGCGGCCAAAGAGUGUGCACGGCCUAAUGGUUUGGAUCUUUCGGUCCGAACAGAGUUGCUUGAAGCGAGACACGCUUCCCAUGAUGCUGUACUUAGAGCAGGCGUUCGAUUACUUCACGGCCUUUGAUGAGGGAGGUUGCACAAGAAAGGCGUUAGGAGAAUGGGUGGCAGCAAUACCGGGGCGGCAUCGUCCCAAAGCCGCGCAAUUGGUUAAUGGAAUGCAAGAUUGGUUCUCGAUUGUUGCCACGUGCCGUUGACGCAUUCCACGGGCUCGGUGCAUCUGCUUGCUGCGAACACCCGUAGAUAGGCAAACUCAACACAGUCUUCGCAUCGACACGA